AUGUCUAUCCCAGCUUUCUCCGACAUCUCCAAGUCGGCCAACGACUUGCUCAACAAGGACUUCUAUCACCUGUCUGCCGGUACCAUCGAGGUCAAGAGCAACACCCCCAACAAUGUUGCCUUCAAGGUGACUGGCAAGAGCAGCCACGACAAGGCCACCUCUGGCGCGAUCGAGGGAAAGUUCUCGGACAAGGCAAACGGCAUCACCGUCACCCAGACGUGGAACACCCUCAACGCCCUCGACACCAAGGUCGAGGCCGCCGACAACCUCGCCAAGGGCCUGAAGCUCGAGGGUGCCUUCUCCUUCCUGCCCCAGUCGCAGAAGAAGGGCGCCAAGUUCAACCUGUACUUCAAGCAGCCCAAGUUCCACUUCCGUGGCUUCUUCGACCUGCUCAAGGGCCCCACCGCCAACGUUGACGCCGUCGUCGGCCACGAGGGCUUCCUGGCUGGUGCCUCCGCCGGUUUCGACGUCCAGAACGCCAACAUCACCACCUUCGCCGCCGCCGUCGGUUUCGCCCACCCCACCUACACCGCCGCCAUCACCGCCUCCGACAAGUGCAGCGUCUUCGCCGCUUCCUACUACCACAAGGUCAACCCCCUGGUUGAGGCCGGUGCCAAGGCUCAGUGGGACUCCAAGACUCCUGGUAGCGCCGUCGGUCUCGAGGUUGCCACCAAGUACCGCAUCGACCCCGUCUCUUUCGUCAAGGGCAAGAUCAACGACCGCGGUGUCACCGCCAUUGCCUACAACGUCCUCCUCCGCCCUGGUGUCACUCUCGGCAUCGGUGCCUCUUUCGAUACCCAGAAGCUUGACCAGGCCACCCACAAGGUCGGUGCUAGCUUCACCUUCGAGGGUUAA